UCCCUCGGCUGGGACCUGAGGGAGCAGGCUUGAUUUUUGUGAAUGAAAUGCGCUCUGGUUGUGUCUCGGUCGCCCGUUUCUGGCUUCUUCUGCCUCCAUCUCCCUUUCGGCCUCUCUCUGGCCAUUUCUGGUUCUCUCCCUGCUCCCUGCCCAUCUCCCGUUGCUGGGUGACUCAGUGAGCUUUGCAUCCGGUCUCAUUCAUAAAUCCGGGAAGGGGUGGGGGGAAGAGAGCCUGGGUUUCUCACCCAGCCAGUGGCCUGGGCGGCAGAGUGUGGAGGCAGUGUAGGGGGGAUCUGGAGCUGAGUUGAUGGGCUCUAAGAAAAUACAUAUGCGCAGGCACCCAGCUGUGAGGGGGAACGAUGGGUGGGGCUGUGGGAAUGUGCUGAGGGAAGGGAAGGAGACUGGGUUGGUAGGGGAAGAGCCGGAGGGGGAAGGGAAGUGGAAAACCGAGGCUGUGGGGGUCAGGAUGGGAAUGAUGGGGAAAGAGACGAAGGUGGGUAUGGAGAGGAGAGGUAGAUGUGGAGAAGGUAGGCACGGGAGAAAAGAGGUGGCAUGAGGAAGAAAGAAGCCAUGCUGGAAGAAGGUGGGCAUGAGGGAGCAGGCAGGUACAUGGUUCAGGUCCGAGCCGUGGUGAUGGCCCGAGAUGACUCCAGUGGGGGCUGGCUGCCUGUGGGGGGCGGGGGCCUCAGCCAGGUGAGCGUUUGUCGGGUCCGAGGGGCCAGGCCCGAGGGGGGGGCCCGCCAGGGGCACUACGUCAUCCACGGGGAGCGCCUUCGGGACCAGAAAACCACCUUGGAGUGUACCCUGAGGCCAGGCUUGGUUUACAACAAAGUGAACCCCAUUUUUCAUCACUGGAGCCUGGGUGACUGCAAGUUUGGACUGACGUUCCAGAGCCCUGCAGAGGCUGAUGAGUUCCAGAAGAGCCUGCUGGCCGCACUGGCUGCGCUGGGGCGAGGCUCGCUUACGCCCUCUUCCUCCUCCUCUUCCUCCUCCCCUUCCCAGGACACUGCAGAGACUCCCUGCCCUCUGACGUCCCACGUGGACAGCGAGUCCUCCUCCAGUCACAGCCGCCAGGAGACGCCUCCCACCACCGCGGCGGCCACUAUCAUCACCGUGGAGUCCGCUUCUGGCUUCGGGCCGGCUACGUCCCCCCAGCGCCGCCGCUCCUCCGCGCAGAGCUACCCUCCGCUCCUACCGUUCACGGGGAUUCCGGAGCCCUCAGAGCCCCUGGCCGGGGCAGGGGGCCCGGGCUGGGGCGGCCGUGGCUAUGAGGAUUACCGGCGCGCCGGGCCGCCCGCGCCCCUCGCCCUGUCCACCUGCGUCGUGCGCUUCGCCAAGACCGGCGCGUUGAGGGGCGCAGCGCUGGGGCCCCCCGCCGCGCUACCCGCCCCUCUCGCCGAGGCUGCGCCCCCAGCGCCCCCCGCUCGCCCACCCCCGGGCCCCGGGCCUGCCCCUGCGCCCGCCAAGGCCUCCCCCGAGGCGGAGGAGGCGGCGCGCUGCGUGCACUGCCGGGCGCUCUUCCGCCGCCGGGCCGACGGGCGCGGGGGCCGCUGCGCCGAGGCCCCGGACCCGGGUCGCCUGCUGGUGCGCCGGCUCAGCUGCCUGUGGUGCGCCGAGAGCUUGCUCUACCACUGCCUGUCGGACGCCGAGGGCGACUUCUCGGACCCGUGCGCCUGCGAGCCGGGCCACCCGCGCCCCGCCGCGCGCUGGGCCGCGCUGGCCGCGCUCUCCCUGGCCGUGCCCUGCCUCUGCUGCUAUGCGCCCCUGCGCGCCUGCCACUGGGUCGCGGCGCGGUGCGGCUGCGCAGGCUGCGGGGGGCGCCACGAGGAGGCGGCGCGGUGAGGACUGCCUGGUGGGUCCGGUAGCUGCACCGAGGACCCCAAAUUGAGGGCCCAGGACCCUGGACUCCGCUCGGACCCCCAAACCCAAACCUAGGCACACCCGGAACUUGGAGCUUGAGUUUGGAUUGAGAGACCCCAGACCUGGAACCUGGACCCCAAAUCUAGGACUGAGAGAACCCAGACCCAGCUUCAUUGGGAUGUCUGUCCAAGAGGUUCCAGGCAUCCUGAGUUCUGGCAUCCCCAUCCUGCCACCACCCCCUCCCUGACCUAGACUAAGGAGACUCCAGGCAUCCCCAGACUCUUCACCUCAGGCAGGCCGGGGAGCACAUGUAUCCCUGAGAGUCACAGGGCCGGGCCCCCCGACUCCCUGUUCAAAUAACCAACCCAGACCCGGUCAUGCCUGACACCAUGAACCCUCAGACUACAGUUCCGGAGUUAGUCAGGAGUUGCCAAUACCUGACCCUGCCUGCAUACAAUUAUUCCUGCAUACAAUUAGAUCUUGAGACCAUAGAACCCAGAUUCACCCCAAAUGGUCCCUGAAUGCUCACCUAAAACUUGGGGCACCCAUAUCUGCGGUAUUCUUGUAGCCCCCAGGACCCUGAGGCACCAAACCCUCUUGAGAUGCCCUGAGUCCUUAGGUAUGCCCAAACAGAUGUCCUCUGACCAAAAUGACUUGGGAGACCCAUCUCAGAGCCUCCAUCUAUGCCCCAACCAAACUCUAGAUGUCACACUCCCAAGAUGCUCUGGGAGCCAAGGAGUGUAGACCCACCCACCCCAGACCAGUGUUCCCAGAACUUUGGAUCUCACAUAUAGGACUCUGAGGUGCCUAGUACUCCCAGAUGUAGUACCGAAGGCCACCAAUAUAUUAGGGCCCAAGACACUGGUCUCAAGUCCUCAGAUAACCCUCUUUCAAAACCCCUUAGACUUGGGAUUUCAAGCCCCAGAAUGGCCUGGAAUCUUUGGCUGCUUUGUACCCAUAGAUCCCCAAUCCCCUAUAAAAGCUGGAAGCCCAGCUCCCAGGUGAUGGGAUGUUCAUGGCAACCCAGACCUCUCACCCCACGGCCCCCAGCUCCUGAAUGACCCGGAAGUACUUUGGGAGUACCAGUUCCAAGACCCCAAGGUGCCAUCGGUCCCUCAAAUUCAGGGCUUAAGCCUAUACAACAUUGGGAUUGUCCCUGACUCAAGACCUUGGCCCCUCCAUACAAGAUGGAACUGAGGUGCUCCAGGACCAUAGCACCUUCAGAUCCCAGAUUCUUUGGACUUAAAUCUCUUAAGGCUGAUAUUCCCGGAGACUUGCUGCCCUUGAAUCCUACUGGCCAUAAGCCCCUGAAACCCCAAGGUCCCAGACCUCUGAAUUCAAGCCCCAGCCCAAGCCCCCAGCAUCUCACAAAAUUACUCGGGUUUUUUACUCGGGUACAAAAACAAACAAACAUCAUUUUGAGCUCAUGUUUCUGGAUUCCAGGACUACCCCAGAUCUCCCCCAUUCCCAUUUCUAGGACCUGGCACUGUCCUAGAUGAUUGUGCAGGCUGUUUACUAAGCAAAGACACACAGUCAAGGUGGGGGUGUGGCUGGAAUUCACACCGCACUCUGCUGGCUGCACUGUGCACGGAGUCACUUUUUAGGCUAGCUGUGGCUCUACACACACACACACACACACACACACACACACACACGCCCCUCUUGCACUCUGCCCCAAGCCCUUAAGCCCCAGCCUCCUAGUCCAAGCUUUUUAUGUUCGGCCCUGUUAACCCCUUCCCUUCCAUCUCAGAGUUGGGGGUUUGAAAGCCGGUUUCAUGGCCCUCUGUGAUGCCACAGUCUCUUUUCCCUGAAUGGAAGGGGACUUUCAGGGUACCUCAGAUCUGAUGGCCUGAAGUGGAGGAUCAAUGUCUUGGAGAAAGACAAUCUCAAUGCUGUAUGGGCUUGGGACCUGCACGUGGUCCCAAGCAUCUGGAAAUGUGCACUUACCUUUCUUCAUUACCCAGACUUGGAUGGCCUUGUAGGGGUUCAAGGGAUAGGUCAAGGGGGUCAGAGGGCUAGAUCCUUCUGUCACUUCCUUUAAAUUAUUAACUAUUUAUUACAUCCGGAACCUGUGAGAUUCCGCUCUCCCAACCAGACCCUGGGAUGGGUGAGAGAAAAGGGGGAUGUCCCUCCCAUCCCCACUCUGCCCAGCUCUCGUCACUGUCAGACCCACCAGAGCUGAGGGCGGAGGGACCAGGGGGCUGGGGCAGCCUGGGUCCCCAUCCCCCUCUCUGUGCCUCGGUCUCCUCCCUUCCGUGGUGGGCGGGGGGAAGCUCCAUUCUUAACCUACCUCGUUUUGGGGAGGGGUGGGACGGGGACCAGAGUGCUGUAAGGUGCUGUGGGAUCUGCGGAUGAAGCGGUGGGAGCUGGGGAAGGUUCCCCCGGCCCCCACCUCCCAGCACCGCCUCUCCCAGGUCCCCCAGUCCUGCUCCCUGCUGAUACCCACCUCUGAUCCAUGAUUACUCUUCAUCACCCCCAAAUCAGGGGUGCAUGGAGGGCUGACCCUGGGAGCCAGGAAGACCUCAGACCCUGGAGCCCCCAGGCCCAAUUUCCCAGCUGCUUGCCCCUCAGAUUGGAUGCUUGGCCCCCAGACUUGGGGGAGGCACCCCGAUAUUUAUCUUCCUGAUCUUGAUUCCAAGCCAGUCUGUGACCUCAAUAUUGUUAUCGUCAGUGCAGGCUGCCGUGGCGGGGGAGGAUGGGGGCCAAAGACCCAGCCUUGUCAUUGGGGAGGGGGCAUGAGAUAUUCGCUCCAAGAAAUGUCUGUGACAAAGUCUCAGCCUGUGUCCUUUAUUCACAUUGGUGCUCCCCAUCCCCUCACCUUUCUGAAUCAGCAGAACAGUCUGCUACCCAAUUCGUCCUUUCUCCUUCAGAUCCUUUAGUCCCAAGCAGACCCUCCAGCUGAGUUUUAUACAUUCAGUCACUCAAGUACACUUACUGAACACCCAUUAUAUGCCAGCCCCGUUUCUCAGCACCCAGGAUAAAGCAGUGAACAGAGCAGACAAAAAUCCUUUCCCACGAACAGCUUAUGAACUUUAUAGGGAAGGAGAUAAUAAAGGACACGUUAGAAAGGAUAUGUACUAUAGGGAAAAGCUGAGUGGAGAUGUGGGAUAGUCAUUUUUAGCUAGGGUCUCCAGGAGGCCUCAUUGAGCAGCUGGCAUUCGAGUAAAGCCUUAAAUGAGGCGAGGGGGUCCAUGGAUGUCUGCGGGAGGAACAUUCUAGGUAAAGGGGAACCGUCCAGGCAAGGCCCUGAGGGAGAAGCAUGUCUAGGUAAUUCUGAGGGACCUCAAGGGUGUGAAUGUCUGGAGAAGAGGAAGCCAGGAGGAGGAUACUGAGGGCAGAGAGGUGACAGGGCAGAUCUGUGGGUCCUUGCAAACCAUUGCAUGGAUUUUAGUGGUCAUCCUGAGUGAGGUGGAGAUACGGGACAGCUCCAUGCGUGGGAGGGCUGUGACCUGACUCAGGCGGUUUACCCAUUCCCUCUGGUUGCCUGUGGGGAAGAGACAUGGGGACGGGUGAGUAGGGAGCAGGGAGGAGGCUGCUGUGAUGGUCCAGGAGGAGACAAGGGCACAUGAGAUCAGGGUGAGAACAGUGGAGGCAGAGAGAAGUGGGCAAGACAAUGGAUCUAUUUUGAAGAUAGAAUCCACAUAAUUAAAUAAAGACUUUGCAAAAAAAAAAAAAAAAGAAUCAAGGC